GUGGUUUAGUUUCCGAGCUUCUCUACACUAUGAGAAGAGUUGUAUACAGUAUAGUGCUUGUUCUUACACUUAAGUUCAUUGGCUUGACGACAAGUGAUAGUGCUUUUAUCGCUAAUGAUCAGUGUAAACAGAGUGAGGUAUUUCUAUGGCAGAAGAACGUUUCCAUUUCAACGGAUUGUGACUGUCCUCCCAAUUUUAUCGCUCUGAUUAGCGAAGGUGGCAAGCCAACCUUCUGCAUAAUGCUUACAAAACCACAUAUCUGGAGUAAUAUUUGCAUUUCAAUGGGAAGUACAGAUGAUUAUUACGAAAUUACUGUCAAGGAAAGAGCCAUAGUAAAUUCGUUUCUAAGAAAUGCAAAUGUCACCGAAUUCUGGAUAUCAGUGCGAAGAGAAAGUGCAUUCGAUCCUCCACAGAAACAAUUACCUGGAAGUAAAUGGGGAGCACCACUGGAGUUUGACGAGGAUUAUGAUUUGGAAGUUUCCAUAAAUGCUACGGGAAAUUGUCUUAAAGCAAACAUUACCCGUAACUAUUCAGCGGCGAGUUUCGAAGACUGCAGCAAUCUAUAUCCUCAGUUAUGUGUAUACAAGCGAGAUACGAUGCUGCGGUUACACUGUUCACCAGAUGAGUACACUACUCGUUAUGCUUAUUUUCAAAAAUAUUGUUAUAAAAUCGAAAAGGCAUCGAGUGUGCGAAGGCAGUGGAAUCUAUACGAUGUCGAUAGUCACAGAAAAUUCCAGUUGUAUCAGAAUCUAGCAAAAGAAUCAUCCGUCAGGUGUGAGAGCAGUAUCGUUCAGUCAAAUUUGACUUACCAUCUCCAGCAAGCGUUUUUAAAUUCAGGACAAGCAAACGAUGAGUUGUAUUACGUUGCGAUGCGCUUCGAUGGUAUAAUGACGCUGACGAAGGAUUUUGACUGUGCAGCAUACCAGUUCGAAAGUGAUGCUUUUAAGUUACCCGAUAUCAAAUUGAACUUUGAUCGGAUUCACAAGAAACUUCUACUAGUUGUUAGCAAUGGUCGCUUUCUGUGGCGUGAACGAACCAAGGAUAUAGGAAUUGUCUGUUAUACUGAUGCCGAUACCGAACUGUUAAAAGAAGUGAACAUCAAACGAAAAGUAUGGCCUCCGCAAGCUCAAUUUCGAGCAGACGAGCAGGAAAUCUAUGAGUUGAAACUUUACGGCGACUUUCCCGGGUAUUACUGGUGUGAGGGGCAUUCGGUUCUUAACUUCACUCUCAUCAAAUCGGAUCGAAUAGUUGCUCAGAAGAAGGAUUCAGAUGUACACAUUUAUUCAAUUCUGUUGGAGGUGUAUUCUCUGGAAUAUGAAAAAGUCUGGCAAAAGAAUAAUCUCAAACGAUUAAUGAAGGAUUAUUUGCAAUAUCUAAAAUCACACGACGAUGAGAAAAUCCACAGAUUAACUGAUCUGCUGAAAGGGAUGCAGGUUAUGAAAAUUGGAUACAUUGAUCAAGUCUUCAACCGGAUCAGUCUGAUUGUACAUGUCUCAGCUAGAUACACUGAUGACGUCGAUGACCUGGAACCUGUUGUUGGUAGCUAUGCGGGUAAUGAGGAGUAUAUUGAAAAGCACUACCAUCUGAAGCAAGCUCUUAAAUUUCUAUUUGAAUCAACAAACAAUAGAAAAUAUCAGUUCAAGGGCAUCAACAGCACAGAAAUCUGUUUGCCUCAGGACACAAGCGAUGGUUUGAAAUGGCUCUCGGCACGAAUUGGACAAACAAUUGCUCCACAGAACCUGUGUCUCAUUGAAGCGAGUGGUCUUCCAUUGACAAGAAAAUGCAUCGGUGAUAGAACGUACGGCGGUGUUUGGCAGCAGCUUCAGGGAUAUUUAGAAUGUAGCAAAGUGGUGAAUAAACAUACAAUGGAAUUGUUCAAUUAUACAGAAACUUCUUUGAAUGUUGAUGAAAUGGUUCAACUGAUGGGUAAAAUAGAGCAUGUAAUAGACUCUGCGAUCGAUAUCAUUCCCGCCGAUUUAUUCUACCUUUCCAAGACAAUGGAUCAUAUGAGAUCUUCGUUAUUGAAUAAUGGUAGUAAUAAUGUCGCCAUAAUUGGCAAUAAAACAGAUAGCUACUACUGCGGCAUAGCUGGUAUUCUGAAUCGAGUAAUGUACAUGAACGAAUCUGUUGUACUUCGUUCGCAAAUAGCACUCAACACGACAAACAUCCUUCUUGACUCCACGGAUGACAUUAUAAAUCAGUUAUCAGUCACAAACAACUCUGUAAAUUUUCUUCGAGGUGACAGUCUAAAUUGUCUUGAUGGAGAAGGACGAACUCUCGAAGCGGAUGGCGUAUUAGAGAAACAACGCGGCACUAUUCUAUUUACAACAUCGAGGUUGAUUCUGUUAGUAGCAGAUCCGUCCAUCAGUGGCAUAUCAGGAAUUGCAUUAACCAGAAUAAACGGAUCAAAUGUAGAAUCAAAUUCUACUGAUCCUAAUUUUGAUCUAUUUGAUACGCGAUUGAUAUCGGCCGAUGAAGAUGAAAACGCAAUAAUGAUGGAAGAAAAUUUAGAAGUCGCCGCGUAUGUUCCUAGGCAGCUAUUGGAAAAAAUUACUUUACUCAAAGAACAUAUAGACGAAAAUGUUACUACCAACGAGCAAGUAUUCAGAAUAGUUGUUUCAAUAUACUUCAACGACAACGUUUUCAAGGAAACAACGAAUGGCACUAUUCUGAAAGCAAACAGUAAAAUCAUAAGCGUGACUAUCCCUGGCUAUAGUUCAGAUUUACCUGGAGUUGUUCCAAUAUUUUUCCGGGAUUACGACGCAAAUCGCACCAGUAGCUGUGGAUAUUGGAACUUUGAACCCGAAGAUGUAGAUAUGAUGCCGAAAUGGUCAUUUGGAGGAUGCAGUCUAGCUCAACAAAAUGACCAGUUAACAUUAUGCAAAUGCUCUCACUUGACACCAUUCUCAAGGCUUUGUAUGGAUAUUCAACACAUUGAAAGUGACGAUGUGUUACAAAAAUUUAUCGGUGAACACACAAUACUUGCUUUGGAUACCAUAACGGCAAUAGGAAGUGCACUUUCUUUAUUGGGGGUGGUUGGAAUUUUCGUUACUGCUUCCAUGUUUCCAACAUGGAGAAGUACUGCAAAUUCUAAAAUUUUGCUACAAUUGUCAUUGGCAAUUGCCAUUGAAAUGGUUAUAAUUUUUCUCGAUGGACCGGAUAUUAAUUACAAUGAACGCAGUAGUAAAAUACAGUGUACUCUUCUGGGUGGAGCAUUUCAUUACAUCAUUCUUGUAACAUUUAUGUGGAUGUUGGUGAUUGCAUAUCUGCAAUUUUUGCGUUAUGUGAAAGUUCUGGGUCGUUUGCGUCCUUCUCGGUUCAUACUGAAAGCAUCACUCUUGAGCUGGGGGUUACCACUGAUACCGGUAAUUGUAUUUGCCGCAGUCGACUACACCAUGUACCACAAACAAGAUAACAUUUCUGAUAUUUGCUACCCCCAUGGAACAGCUUUGUAUUACGGUUUGCUUUUACCGAUCGGAGUAGUGAUUUUGGUAAAUAUGGGCAGUUUUCUUUUAAUAAUUUAUAAUGUGUUCAGUGUUCCAGAUAAUUUGACGCGAUCUUCUGAUAGAGAUCUCACUUUGUCACAAAUAAGGCUUUCAUUAUUUUUGUUCUUUCUUCUUGGUUUGCCGUGGAUUUUUGGGAUGAUGAUAACAAUUCGUGCGGGAAACAUUUUUUCCUAUUUAUUCUGUCUAACUGCACCGUUGCAAGGAUUUAUCUUGUUUGUAUAUUUUAUAAUAAUGGAUCCAAUAGCGAGAAAAUUUUGGUGCUCAAAAUGCAGCAAAAGUGAACCAUCGAAAAAUGCAAUAGAUAUGCCGGUCAAGUAGAAUUUCCCUCAUUAGAGAUCCGGACGAACUUACUCACUAAAAAAAAAUCGCAUUUCAUGCAA